AUGAGUAAGUCUGGUGAUACCAGUCACAUUGAUUUCGAGAAUGGUGUUCUUUAUGGCAAGUUGAAGCAGAUACGGCAGCAAGACAAGCAGAUAUCAAAGACCAAGCCGGACUUGAUGAGUGUAUGGUGUUAUCGAAUCAAGCCUCAAGAUAGUAAGAAAGUGUUAGCAGUAGUUAACAGUCAUUUCAGUCCCAUAGACGGUGAACAGUUGUUACAUGUCAAAAGAUUCCAGAAGAUCACUGAUGGUGAAGUUAAACUUGACAUGUUACUUUGCCUAUACAAGUCAUUCGGUCGUGAUGACAUCGUGAGUAUUUUCCAUGAACAUGGGUCAAUGACUAUUGAAGAUGGUGAUUUGAGAGUCGUCGAUGUCCCAUCAGAUAGUCCCAGUACCAGGGAAGUAGCAUUGGCAUGGGGGGCAGAAUUUUGGCCUAUUGCUUGGAAAGGUAAUCCUAAUCAUCAAUUUUUAAAGAAAGUAGAUAUUGACAUUGAAGAAGUACAACAGAACAUCAAUCAACUUCUUGCUAAUCUAGAAGGUAAAGCCUUACCAUUUGUCACAUUAUUCGAUGGAUCCCAUAGAGUCAUAAGUCAUGACUGUAGAACAGACCAUCCACUUCAUCAUAGUGUGAUGCGAGGUAUACAGAUGGUAGCCGACCAAGAGAAAGAGAUAAGAACUACGGCCACCGAUGGGAACUAUCUCUUAAACAAAUACACCAUUUAUACUACAUACGAGCCAUGUGUCAUGUGUUGUAUGGCAUUAGUACAUUCACGUAUUGAUAGAGUCAUUUAUCUCCAACCGUUACCUACUGGAGGAUUCGAAAGUAAUUACCAACUAGGAGCUAGAGACGGGUUAAACUGGAAAUUCGAAGUAUGGAGAUGGUUGAGUGAUCCUCAACUUCCUCCAUUGGAUAAUAAAUUAAAUGCAUAA